ACUGAAACUGUCAGUUGUACGAAAUCCCGAAAGUACCCCUUCAACACCUUCUUUCUCUGCAAAACACACUGCCACAAGUUACAGUAGAAUUUCUGAGAGACUAUUAUUUGACAUGUCUCUGCUCUAUUGAAUGUGAUGGCGUGUUUUAUCACCAUCUAACCCCUCUACAUUAAUUACAUUUACUACUUUGCCACUUCACUUCAUCUCCUUAUCCCAAGAACGACAAAUACAAAUACAAAUAGCGCUCUCUCUCUGUUGUUUCAUUUCAAAAUCUCGUGAACUUCGAAAGCCCAUUUUGUUUUGCUUCUUCUUCAAUCCACAGGUUUCCUGUGUCUUCAUGUGUGAAAACCACAGCAUUGUUUUCUGGGCCAUUUGAAAAUCUUCAGCAUUAUAAGAGCUCUGAUAAUUUUUGAGUAAUGGAUGGGAGACGGCAUUCGGUUGAUGUUCCCAUAUCGAAAACGCUGGUUGCACUUAGAAGAGUGAAGUCACUCAGGGAUCCAACCACGAAUUCGAUAAGCAAGUUCUCCACAAUGGUUGAUAAGUUGAAUUGGGAAACAAAUUCAAAUAAUGCUAUUACUUUAGGAUUUGAAAAUAGACAAGAAGUAGGCUACAAUGAACCAAAUGGCUUCUCUUUGUAUGCCAACCUGGAGGACUAUGUAGGUGAUCAGGAACUUAACUGCAAUAUGGGGAACUGCAAACCACAGUUGGUUUCGCCUCGAAUGGAGCCUUGGAACGGUAAUGUCGAAAUGUCUAACCUAGGCAAACCAAAUGAGAUAGAAAGAGGAAAUAAAUCAUCAAGUAAAAGAUUAGGUCAUCCUUACAGGGAUCAAGGAAUGGCAAUGACUUGUACAACACCUUUUGAUGCCUUGGAGGAGGGCACAGGUUCCAGUAAAGAAUCAAUUGGAGCAGUGCAGGCGAAAGAUGUAGUUUAUUAUUCAACAAAAAAGAAUUGCAAACAUAAAAAACAUACUAGAUCAUCUAGAACAGCAGCUGGUGAUAUCUUGAGUCGUGUAGGUAGUCCCUACUUUUCAUUAAGCGAUGCUCCAAUCGAAAGCUCAAACCAUGCGAUUUCACUAUAUGGAAAUGAAGAUGUUGACAAUGUCGAUUCUGAUCACGGUGGAUGUGGAAUUAGCUCUUGCUGGUUAGGCACCCCUAAAUUUAGGGGAUCAAGUCCUCUUGAAGAGAGACCACUUCUGUCUGCAGGAAUAGGUGACACACUCUUAGCUCUACAAAGAAGAAGCUGGACGAGAGAUAACAAUGGAGUUGCUUCACACUCAGAAAGUCCUAGAAAUCUCAGUCAAAAGUUCAGGCCAAAAUCAUUCACUGAAAUGGUUGGACAGAACGUGGUAUCAAGGUCUCUGUUGAAUGCAAUCUCGAGUGGGCGGAUAAAUCCAUUCUACCUGUUUCAUGGUCCUCGUGGUACGGGAAAAACAUGCGCGUCAAGAAUAUUUGCAGCCGCAUUAAAUUGUCUUUCUCCUGAUGCUGAGAAACCAUGUGGCCUCUGUAGAGAUUGCGUUCUCUAUUUCUCAGGAAGAAGCAAGGAUGUUAGAGAAGUAGAUUCCUUGAAAAUCAAUAAAAUGGAGAGAGUUAGAUUAAUUAUCAAGAAUGCAGUGGCACCUCCUGUUUCAUCCAAAUUUAAGAUUUUUAUAAUUGAUGAGUGCCACUUAUUGCGAGAGGAAACAUGGACUAGCAUUUUAAAGCACCUGGAAGAACUAUCUCGGCAUGUGAUAUUCAUAAUGAUCACCCCUGACCUUGAUAAGCUGCCUCGUAGUGCAGUAUCACGGUCCCAGAAGUAUCAUUUUUCCAAAAUAAAAGAACUUGAUAUUUCGACUAGGUUACGUGAAAUUUGUGAAGAUGAAGGACUCGAUUUUAAUCAGGAUGCUUUGGAUUUCAUUGCUUGUAAAUCAAAUGGUUCACUUCGAGAUGGAGAGAUAAUGCUUGAACAGCUAAGUUUGCUUGGGAAAAGAAUAACAAUGCCUUUAGUCUAUGAGCUAAUUGGAGCUGUCUCUGAUGAUGAGUUGCUAGAGUUGCUGCAUCUGGCAUUGUCAUCUGACACUUCAAAUACAGUUAAAAGAGCCAGAGAGCUAAUGAGAUCUAGAAUAGAUCCCAUGCAAUUGGUAUCACAGCUGGCAAAUCUAAUAAUGGACAUUCUUGCUGGAAAAUGUCAAAGAAGUGCUUGUGAAGUCAAAGACAGGCUAUUCAGCGGACACAUUUCUGAAGCUGAGAAACAGCAACUUAGUCAUGCACUCAAAGUACUCUCUGAGACUGAAAAACAAUUGAGGGUGUCAAAAAAUCAAACAACAUGGCUGACUGCUGCUCUUCUACAGUUAAGCUCAGUGAGUUCUUCAGUAGAUGCCAAAGAUGGAAACUCAUGCUUGAGAACGGUAUACGAACAAGAUCCUGAUGGUAAUCUUUGUAGUACAUCAUCAACAAGUGAGAGUUUGAAGCACCUUACAAGUUGUGCAUGCGAAAGCAUCGAAUCUUGCAAAAGGGGAAUGCAGGAUGAUAAGGAAACUCUGGCGUCUAUAUGGUAUAGAGCUGUUGAAAUGUGCGAAUCCAAUUCACUUGCAAACUUUUUGAGAAGAGGGAAAUUGUCAUCAAUUUGUCUUAAGCAAGGUUUGGCAAUUGCUGAACUGGAGUUUUAUUGCCCCAAAGACAUAUCAAAGGCUGAGAAAUCGUGGAAACCCAUUGCAAAUGCACUUCAGCAAACACUAUGUUGCAAUGUGGAGAUCAGAAUCAAUCUUGUACCCGGCUGGUUCCCCAAAAAAUAUUCCAGAGUGAAAAGGCUUUCUUUUAGACUUUUUAAUUGUUCACGUGGUAAAUCACAUUCCACGAUGGAACGUAUAAGUGAAGCAUCGGAGAACUCUGAUUCUGCUUCUAAAAGAGUCAUAAUGGUGGAUAAAGUUGUUGAAACGUGUUCCUCUGAGUGUUUUUCUCAAAACUCUCAAAUAUGUUGUCAUGGUAGAGAAAUUAUGACCAUAAGAAGUAGUGAUGGAAAUGCGCUAAGCAUUGGAUCAGAUACACCUCAGAUAUUAUUGACAGAUGGUUCCCUACAAACACGUCAGUUAGAACCUGAUUGCUUGAAAGAAAGAAGUACUUGCAGAUGCCGGGAUUUAUUUACCAUAGAGUCAGAGGAAAAACCAAGUUGUUUUCCUAGAACAGUAGGAUUUCUAAAGAGAUCAAGUUCAUCGAAUGCUUCUCAUAUGACCUUUUCGAUUACUCAGCCACAAAGCAAUUUGGUUUUAUCCAUUCCCAGCAAGACACCGUGUCAAAGCCACAUUCCUUGCAGCAGUUUAAAUAAUCACUCUUCUGGGAAUCCAGCUCUUUCCAAGGAGUCAAAGUCGCGUUGUUGGAGAAAGGCUCUGUUACCCUUCAGGAAGGCUUUGCAGCUGAGACAUCAGCAUGAAAAUCCACCCCAAGAAUGGAUUCUACCUUAUUCUGCUGCAAACUAGCUAUUGGAAAUAUAACAUAAACAUUGAAAACAACUGAGGGUGCAAGAUACAGCUUUCACAGAUUUACAUGAUUUAAGUAAGCAUUUUUUGUUAUACUUAGCUUCUGACAGAAGUUCACCUAGAUGGUGCUUCACAAUAAGAGAAACUGUUGAAUUAACUUUUUGUACAUACAGCCUGAAGAUAUCUUGGUCUCCUCUAUUAUGUUUCUGGACGUAUAUGUAUCUCUACUUUAAGCUGUGGUUUUGUGGCCUAUAAGCUAAUGUUUGUUUUGGCUCAAUUCAAAAUUGUUAUCUUUGUUAUGUUGGGCCAAUUUUUGUGGACUGAAA